AGCCAUUCUUGGUACACUCGCCCGGCCCAAUCUGAUUUUGUGCCACUCAAGGUAGUGGAGCCAUGUGCCAGAUCUUCAGCAUUGAUGUAGACUGGCCGUACCAAAUUGCGACAUCGCCAUGGAUGAAUCCGUUGGCCUAUGUCAUCUUCAACUUUGUCUUGGCGAGUACCUUUUUGGCCCUGCAGAUCCUUCAUUUCAGUGACUUUCUUGUAGGCAAUGGCAUUUACUACUUUUUUUACCUCACGAAUUGGGCAAUAUGCUUCGAGACCGCGACCGUGCUUUGUCUCUUCGUCUCAGUCUUGUGGGGCUAUACUCUUUUGCCCACGGCAGACAAAGCUUUACCCACCCCUCUCUUUGUUCGAAUCACGGUUGCCAUGUGGUAUUGCGCUCAGCCUAUCUCCUUAGUGGUAGUUUUGCUGUAUUGGACAAUCGUGAACCCAAUUUGGGAUGUGGAGCCUGUGAUCUUCUCUUCCUUGUGGGCACAUUUCCUAGACUGGAUCGCGCUGCUCAUCAGUUUAUUUGCUUGCCGCAUACCCUUCUCUUUCAAAAAUGGAAUUUGGUCCUUGAUGUUCUUAUUGACUUACUUGGCAUGGACCAUCAUCCACUUCGUGGCCCGAAUUGGCACGCGAACGCCCUGUGAUGACUACCCUCAGGAGCUCUGCCCGCUCUAUAGCCAAUUUGAUUGGAACCAACCGCAGGGGGCGAUUAUCAUCACACUUGCUGCGCUGGUUGGGCUGUUGCUGGUGGUCCUGCUGUAUGUGGGCUUUGUGAAGUGUCGAGAUGCCUGUGACCAGAAGCACACGGUGCUCUCAGAUCUGGAAGAAGGGAAACCAACGGCCAAAGAAUGAGGAAAGACAGGCGAUAGCGAACAGAGUGAGUUGCAGCGACUUUUGGAAAACUGUUUGGAAUGUAUAGACGGGCAUUCUGGGUGAGUUGGUGCAACUCCGACAAGAAUUCGGAGUGCCAGCCACCCAGAGAAAAACAUGUCACUUGAGUUUGAUAACGGAUCCUUGUGAAGCAGGGUUUUACAUGCUUUUGCCAUGCGGUUAACUAUCACAAAGUGAUCUUUCGGCCUCCUGAAAGCAGAGAGUGUCUCGGUCGCCCACGGCUGUAGUAGCCCGAUCUAGAGUUUUGGUCUUCACUCGGAGAAGCACACCAUCUCUUUGAGGCUUGGUUGAGGUGACC